UCCGAGCUGUCAGUCAUCCGGUGAGGCGCACGUGCUGAUGGAGGCCUGAGGUGAACCUCCGCGCGCGGUGACAAUGAGCUGAAUGCUGAUCGCUGAGCAUCGACAAAGGAGCCCAGUCCAGGGGGUGAUGCAUCGUUUCGUGUUAGCUGGAGAGAACGCGGGGCCUGCGCCGGAGCGCACCGAGCUGUCACCGAACCACACCUCCUCCGACAGACGCGCGGCCCUGCCCUCGCACCAGACCCGGGCGCCUGCCGGCGGCUCGCAGCCCCGGAGAGCCGCGCUGAAACGCAGCCGAGCCGGGAAGGAGGGAGCGGAGGCUCAAGGACGCGGCGUCAGUGGAGAAGGAGCGGAGAUGAUUUCAGCGGCCAGAGACGCGGACGGGAACGGCGGCGACGCGGCCGCGGCCUCUCCGUCUGCGCCAUGCGCCAAAGGUAAAGAGGAGAGGAAGGGGAAAAACGUGAUCCGGGCUUGGAAGAGGGACAGAGACAGGGAGCGGGUGCGGAAGGAGAAGCCUGGCGAUGGCUCGUCUCCUCCUCCUCCUCCUCCUGCUGCUGUCUUCCUCAAGUCGUCCGCCCUGCCCGAGCAUUCUGCGUGCAGAGACGGCUGUCGGUGCGCAGCGCCGGAGCCCAGGAUCGCCGGAGAAAACGGCGGUGCCAAACCAGCUGUGGACUGUGGACUUGAAAGCGACGGAGGCGCUGCCGGUUCCAGGAGGGAGCUUGACGACACGCCGGCUGCCAAGAAGCACAGAGCCGCGGACAAGGUGGAUCCCAUAUUCAGUGUGCCUGCACCCCCAAUUCCAGACUAUCCAGGGGGCCCUGGAGCUUUGCUCCCUUCGGUCUCUUCCUUCUCCCAUCCAGUCUUGCCCACGGCUAUUCCCAAACAGUUGAUGGUAAGGACACGGUCUGUUGGGACCAACACCCAGGAUGGAAGCAUCCCGUGCUCUCUGGAGGGUGACUCGGCCUGCGUUGGCCCCUGCCAGCCUGGGACCAGUGUCAACCUGGAGGGUAUUGUCUGGCAUGAGACUGAAGAAGGUGUGUUGGUGGUUAACGUGACAUGGAGAAAGAGAACUUAUGUGGGAACGCUGUUAGACUGCACCAAACAUGACUGGGCUCCUCCAAGGUUUUGUGAGUCUCCCUCCAGUGACCCUGAGUUGCCAGGAGGUCGUGGUCGGGGGAAACGGAUGCGAUUGGCUAUGAUGGAGAGACCCUGCCUUGAGCAACUGCCUAUUGGCAAAGUGCGAGCCUUAUCACAACACCGAAGCCGUGGAGGGAGUCUGGCUGGAACCACAGCAGCCAUCCACAGCAAGGGACGCAGAGGCAGCCUGAACCUUAUCAACAGCAACUGCCGCACACCUUCAUCUUUCUUCACUGUGGAAAUGGUCAAACCUGUUAACAGUACCUCUUCCCUCCCUACUGCUGGAAAGCGAAAGAACAAACCACCAGCUGACUUGGACCUCAGUCUGGUGUCCUCUGGUGACAUUAAAAAUGGCAACGGGAAAAGGAUACGAGCUAAAUCCCGAAGUGCACCUUCCACACCACAGGGAAAAUCUGACCCAUCAUUCAUGGACCCUGGAGGUGGUUGUGCCUCCUCACCGCCUCCUCCACCCAUCCUCAUUGAUUGCCCCCACCCCAACUGUACUAAGCGCUAUAAGCACAUCAAUGGUCUGCGGUACCACCAAACCCAUGCACACUUGGAGGUAGAGGAACAGAGGAAGCCUGACAUGGAUCCUAUAAAGGAUGGACAAUGUGAGGACCGACUAUCAGAUUGUGAAGAGAUGAUCAGUAAUAUCACAUAUGAUCUCCCAGAAACAAACAGCAGUAGUGGCAACAGCUCCUCUAAGAAACCUGCUCCUCUGUACAAAGUGACCACAGUGGGAUCUCCUAAGAAUAGACGGCUAGUUCUCAGUACUGACCAUAGUCCCCCAGGUAAUUCCAAAACCAGAAGAACUUCACUGCUCAAAGAUGGUCUAAUUGAUGACCUGAGCAAUUUGCCCAUAAUCUCAAACAUGACUGUGGUUCUUGAAAAUUGCAUGGUGCCAGACAGGAACUCCACAGUAGAAAUGCCCAAACUUGAAGCUGAAGGCUUAAUUGACAAGAAGGGAGGUGUGGGUGACAAGGCAAAGAAGGCCUUCGGGAAGGCAGAAAAACUGUCCAAAUCACGGACCAACCGUCUUAUUGCACCGGCACCUGCUCCACCCAAGCUGAUUGCCAUCCCCAACACAACUUAUCCAUCCAGCCCUGUGGAUACUACCACUUCUCAGCAGCCAUCACCCAUAGCUGCUGUGGGUCUUACCAGUAAAAACUUUCCCCUGAAGCCAAUAAAACCAAAGCUGAACAUUGUCCUAGAACCGAGCCUGGUCAAUGCCACCAUGGUCACCUGCAACAAAGAGACACGAAAGAAAGAGAAACGGAGGCUAAAGGCUAAACAUAAAGAUACAACCAUCAGGAUGCCUAAUGGUGACAGUAGUGGAAUCAAAAUCGAUGAUGGUGUUGCACCAUCAAAGUUGGGUGUCAAGGAAAUUUCUGGAAGUCUUCUGAAGGAGCACCUCAGUAAGCAGGAAGUGAUAAACGGGCUAAUGGAGAGCCAGGAGAGCAGGAUGGCAAGUAUACGUGCUGAGGCAGACAAAGUCUACACUUUCACUGACAAUGCCCCUAGUCCCUUGAUUGGUAGUUCAUCACGGCUUGAUGCCAAUGGUGGUUGCCUAACAACAGCAGACUGUAGCAGCAAGAACAACAGCCCUGCCUACUCUGACAUUUCUGAUGCCGGGGAAGAUGGAGGGUCUUCUGAAUGUCGCUCAGAUGGCCUCAGAUCCAAGUCUAGCUCCUCUGCCUCUUCUGAGGCAAGUUCCCACAAUCAUCACAGUAACUCUGGUAAAACACCCCUGUCAGCAUCUGGUUUACCAUCAAAGGAGUCCCAUUCUCCAUACUACCACAGCUAUGAACCCUACUACCUACAGGGGUACAUGCAGCCAGACAGACUCUCAGAGAGACAGAACAACAGUAUUGUUUUCCGUAAAAGCUCCACCCAUGAUAGCAAAGGAAAAGACCGAAAGGAGGAAAUGAAAGAAGAUGACAAAAUGUCCUCCCAUGAUUUAUCAGACUCUAAAAAUAGUGAUGGUUUGCCUCAGUCUCAGCUCCAGCUGGCUAUGAGUCAGACCCAGACUGCCUUGGCUCAGUCGCUGUACUAUGGCCAAUACUCCCGCGGACUCUAUAUGGAUCAGAAACUCAUACUUGGAUCCAAAUGCUGUGACCAGUCACCUGGAGCUAAACCAAGAUGUGACAAGGUGCCAGGAAUGAGAGACGGUGAGAAAAUUAAAAAUAUAGUUGGUUCUUCAGCUGGUGGACCUUUGCUGGGUAAAGGUGCAGACAUCACUAAGGCCUGUUGUCCCAAGCCCAUCCUGUCCUAUGUAGAGAUAAGUGAGAGAGGAGAAAUGGGACAGAGUGUGGGCAUCAAAGCAGUCCAUGGGAGCAUGGUGGAUCUCCACCAGGUCUCGAUGAAAGACUGUGAUGAGAUCAAAUCACCCUCUUCUUCAUCACUCCACAAUCCAGUCAGUCAGUCAGAUCUGGACUCAAAUGUUUCCUUUUCCAGUCCCUCAGACUGCCCAGGCUGGGCUCACCGCCUCGCUCACAGCAAAUACUCAGAGGUACAGAGUCAACACGGGGAGGAAGCCGAGGAGGGUGAAGCUGACAGGGGUAAGGAGUGGGGUGCCGCAAUGGAGCCAGCCAGAGCCAAGGUGACUUCAGGAGUAGACAGAGGAGGAGUCAGUAGUGAUGCUAAAAAAGCCAGGUUCCAUGGAGCCAACAGUCUCUCGCCCACCACUGAAAAGGAGGACUUUGACAGGAUGGAUGGGCUGGAGGAGGAUCAGAGCUUGGAGACAGUGGGAGGGCAGUCUGAGGACUCCCACAAUGCACGAGCAGCAGUGUCUUCUCCCAUGACCAACCAGAAGACCUACAUUCAGUAUCAACACUCCUACCCACCAUAUCUGUCCAUGUGUGAGGGCGGUGGAAGCUCUUACAGAGGGCUGUCUCCAACCCUUGUCCACAACUACCCAGGGUUCCACUACCCUCUGUAUGGUAAAACUGCAGGCAGUGAAGAGGCUGAGGGAUCGCCGUCCAGUAGAGGGAGUGCAAUGAGUGGCGACUCUUCCUCGUCCUCUGUUGUGGAACUGCUGCAGCCACAGAGCCAUCAGUACCUCAGAAAACCUCCUGCUCCUGGUGAGAAGGGUUCCCCUGAGGAAGACGGAGAGACAGAGCAAGAUGGGAGCCAUGUGCCAUUUGCCCGACACCGUCACACACACCUGGGUGUGAGCUACAAUCUGAUGUCAGGACAGUACGGCGUCUACCAAGGUUUGAGUUCUAGGUCUCUUGUCUCCAGUCAACAAAUGGCAGGACACUCCUCGACAGAGAGCGAGGUGAAGAAGUAGGACCGUGUGGCCCCAUCUCACAUGAGGAAUAACAGAUUAAUCAGACAUCAAUUCCAUGGUGUUGAAUCAGCUUUGCCUCGCUGAGAGGCAGUGAACAAAAAGGUUCUUUACUUUGUUUCUAAUGACAGCCUAUUCUCUUUUUUUUCUUUAAUGUGCCACCGAACAAUGAACGUGUUUG